GGUUACCUACCUGCGUUUUCCCUCCCACCCAACCCUUUGCCUGCAUUCCGGUUUGGUACAGUGCCACAUCAGCAGCAAUGUCAGCAGUGCCACAUCAGCAGUACCAUGUCAGCAGUGCCAUGUCAGCAACAGUGCCACGUCAACAGUACCACGUCAGCAACAGAGCCAUGUCAGCAGUACCAUGUCAGCAGUGCCCCACCACCAUGACGGUCUCAGUUCAGGGCAUGCCAGGCCAACUGGCCAAUGAGUCCAUUGCCGAGUACCAACAGCGGUUCGAAGCUCAGCUCGCACUGAUCGAGGCUGAGGAACAGCGUCAGGUGGCAGCCGAGGCUGCCCGCCUACAAGCUGAAGCGGCGGCAGCAGCUGAAAAACAGCGGCUUCGGGCCGAAGCAGACGCAGAUACCCAGGCACGCAGCAAGGAGGCCCAGGAUCUGCUACAGCGGCAUGAAGCCACCAGCAUCAAAAAACUCAAGUUCUGGCAUUUUGAAUCAUCCGAGCACCACGAGGACGCGACACCGGAGGAGCAGCACAAGGAGUUUCUUGCCAAACUCGUGACCCGGUUGGUUUACACUUGUAACCACCUGCAGUCCGAGCUGGCCAAUCUCCAACGGGCGGUGCGGAACCACAAGGAUCUGCACGAGGAUGCUACACGGGCACUUGAUUCCCGUGUACAGGACUUGGAGAAAGUUGCACCAAGACCGAAUGCUGGCGAGUCCAGCAGUGCAUCCUCUACCCGCCAAUUGGAGGAACGAGUUGACCACGUAGUCGCAAUGCUCGGCGACAUCAGCACCUAAGCUGCACCAGCCACCAUCAGCAAGCAACUGGACACCUCGAAGACUGAGGUUCAACAACUGCACGGGCUGCCCAACAAGGAUAGCAAAACCAGUGC